AUGAGCCAACCUAGUGACAAAUGGUCCUCUGAGGCCUACUCAGCAGCCGCAGGCUUCGUGCCAAAACUCACUACAACCGUUCUUUCCUACCUCGCACCCAAACCAACCGACAAGAUCCUCGACAUUGGCUGCGGUGACGGGCCUCUGACCGCUCAAAUCGCUGCAUCCUUGCCUCGAGGCCAGAUUCUCGGUCUUGAUGCCUCGGCCUCCUUCAUCCAAACAGCUCAAGACAAGAACUCAAGCCAAAAUUGCAACUUCAAACUCCAAGAUUGUCGCCGUGUUGCUGAAUGUGCUGAAGCUGUCGAUGGCAGCUGGGACAAAGUAUUCAGCAAUGCUGCACUCCACUGGAUCCUUCGCGACCCUAGUACCAGAGAUGCAGUAUUCAAGGACAUUCACUCUGCUCUAAAACCAGGCGGUGCGUUUGUAUUCGAAAUGGGAGGGAAAGGCAACGUGGAGGCCGUUCACGCAACCAUACUCUCUGUUCUCGUUGCCAACGGCAUAUCCCUCUCCACUGCUCGAGAGGCAUGUCCUUGGUUCUUCCCCAGCAAUGUGUGGAUGACACAACAACUCCAAAAGUCUGGCUUUGAAGUCGAAAAGUGCGAGUUGGAAUACAGACCUACCAAAUGUACUGCCAAAUCUGCUGAUGGAUCUGGCGGUUUGGAAGGAUGGGUCAAGUUGAUGGGUGCAGAGAUGUUGAAUGUGGUGGAGGAAAACAAGCGAGGGGAUAUCGUCAGGCAAGUCUGUGAUGUGUUGGAGACUGUGGUUACGCGAGAGGAAGAUGGAAGUCAGUUCUUGAAUUAUGUUAGACUGAGGGCUGUGGCUCGCAAGAUUUAG